AUGUUCAAGAGCGGCAUCAGGAACUUCGCCCGCGCGAGACCUUCCUUCGCGGCCGCUGCCACCAGGCGCGCCGGUGCCUCUCCCUUCAAGUUCCCCAUCACCAGCCGCUUCGCCAGCACAUCCAGCGUUGGCGAUGGAAAGAUCUACCAGGUCAUCGGCGCCGUCGUCGACGUGAAAUUCGACACGGCCAAGCUCCCCCCAAUUCUCAACGCCCUCCAGACAGACAACCAGGGCAACAAGCUUGUCCUCGAGGUCUCGCAACAUCUCGGUGAGAAUGUCGUCCGUUGCAUUGCCAUGGACGGUACCGAGGGUCUCGUCCGUGGCGCCAAGGCCACCGACACCGGCGCUCCCAUCACCAUUCCCGUCGGCCCUGCUACCCUGGGACGUAUCAUGAACGUCACUGGUGACCCCAUCGACGAGCGUGGACCCCUCAAGACCGACAAGUUCCUCCCCAUCCACGCCGACCCUCCCGAGUUCACCGAGCAAUCCACCACCGCUGAGAUCCUGGUCACCGGUAUCAAGGUCGUCGAUCUGCUCGCCCCCUACGCUCGUGGUGGUAAGAUUGGUCUGUUCGGUGGUGCUGGUGUCGGCAAGACCGUCUUCAUCCAGGAGUUGAUCAACAACAUCGCCAAGGCCCACGGUGGUUACUCUGUCUUCACUGGUGUCGGCGAGCGUACCCGUGAGGGCAACGAUCUGUACCACGAAAUGCAGGAGACCUCCGUCAUCCAGCUUGAGGGCGAGUCCAAGGUCGCCCUGGUCUUCGGUCAGAUGAACGAGCCCCCAGGAGCUCGUGCCCGUGUUGCCCUGACUGGUCUCACCGUUGCCGAGUACUUCCGUGACCAGGAGGGUCAGGAUGUGCUUCUCUUCAUCGACAACAUCUUCCGUUUCACCCAGGCCGGUUCUGAGGUGUCUGCCCUGCUGGGUCGUAUCCCCUCUGCCGUCGGUUACCAGCCCACCCUCGCCAUCGACAUGGGUGGUAUGCAGGAGCGUAUCACCACCACCAAGAAGGGUUCCAUCACCUCCGUCCAGGCCGUCUACGUGCCUGCUGACGAUCUGACUGAUCCCGCCCCCGCCACCACCUUCGCUCACUUGGACGCCACCACUGUGCUGUCUCGUGGUAUCUCUGAGCUGGGCAUCUACCCCGCUGUCGACCCUCUCGACUCCAAGUCCCGUAUGCUCGACCCCCGUGUCGUCGGUCAGGAGCACUACGACACCGCCACCCGUGUGCAGCAGAUCCUCCAGGAGUACAAGUCUCUCCAGGAUAUCAUUGCCAUUCUGGGUAUGGACGAACUUUCCGAGGCCGACAAGCUCACUGUCGAGCGUGCCCGUAAGAUCCAGCGUUUCCUGUCGCAGCCCUUCACCGUCGCCCAGGUCUUCACUGGUAUCGAGGGCAAGCUCGUCGACCUGAAGGACACCAUCUCCUCCUUCAAGGCCAUCCUCGGCGGUGAGGGUGACGACCUGCCUGAGGGUGCCUUCUACAUGGUUGGCGACUUCGCUUCCGCCCGGGCAAAGGGUGAGCAGAUUCUGGCUGAUCUGGAGAAGAGCUCGUAA